AUGAUCACCAACUUAUUAAGAUCGCGCUCAUUGAUUCAUGCUGCUACGAAAGUGGCUCGCACAUCAGCCCCUUUGACCAACGCCCGUUUCCUGUCUACCUUUGACAAGCACCGUUCCGUAUUUGAGUCGCUUGGGCUAGACAAGACCAACAACAAAGGUGUCUUUGAUGGCGAGUGGAAGGGUUCAGGUCCAGUGGUACCCUCUUACAAUCCUGUCAAUAACGAAGUGAUUGCAGAGGUGAUUACAGGUACCACCGAUGAUUUGAACGUUGCUUUUGAAAAGGUGGCAGAGGCUCAAAAGAUCUGGAGAGAGCUUCCCGUGCCCAAACGUGGUCAUGUUUUAUUGACAAUGAGAAACGCACUCGUGGAUAACUUGCAGCCUUUGGGAAAGUUGGUUGCCUUGGAGAUGGGUAAGAUCUUGCCUGAAGGUAUUGGAGAGGUACAAGAAUACAUUGAUAUCCUCGAAUAUGCAUUGGGUUUGUCACGUAUGCUUCAAGGUGCUGUGAUUCCAUCAGAAAGACCAGGACAUGCUAUGUUGGAAACCUGGAAUCCCUUGGGUACUGUUGGCAUCAUCAGUGCCUUCAACUUUCCUGUAGCUGUCUAUGGCUGGAACUGUGCUAUUGCUCUUGUCACUGGUAACGGCACCAUCUGGAAGCCUGCACCUACGACAUCUUUGGUCUCUAUUGCUGUUACUCGCAUCAUUGCCAAGGCUCUCAAAGAUCAUGAUCUCCCUACUUCGUUGUGCGCUUUGGUCACAGGUGGAUCUGACGUCGGCAGCGCCAUGACGGCAGAUAAGCGUGCACAUGUACUUUCAUUUACUGGAUCAACCAACGUGGGAAGAGAAGUAGGCAAAGUAGUUCAAGGAAGAUUCGGCCGCUCUAUCUUGGAGCUCGGUGGUAACAAUGCGUUGAUCGUAACAGAUGACUGUGAUCUGGACUUGGCUGCAAGAGCCAUCUUGUUUGCUGCUGUGGGCACUGCUGGACAGCGUUGUACUACUACUCGUCGCUUGAUUGUACAGGAAUCUGUGUAUGAUACGUUGAUUGAAAGACUAAAGAAAGCUUACAAGCAAGUCAAGGUGGGUGAUCCCUUGGAUGAGGGUGUUCUUUGCGGUCCUCUUCAUACAAAGGAAGCUGUUGAGAUCUACAAGAAAGCUUUAGAAAGAGUCAAACAAGAAGGUGGAGAGAUCAUUGUUGGUGGUAAAGUGCUUGAUGAUGGCCCAUUGAAGCACGGCAACUUUGUAGAGCCAACCAUGACACGUGUGCGCCCUGACAUGGAGGUUGUUCAAAAUGAAUUGUUUGUUCCAAUUCUGCAUACAAUGACAUACAAGACUCUGGAUGAGGCUAUUGCCAUCAACAAUAGCGUAGCCCAAGGUUUAUCCAGUUCCAUCUUCACCAGCAACCCAUCUACCAUUUUCAAAUGGAUUGGCCCAUCUGGCUCUGAUUGUGGUAUCAUCAAUGUCAAUAUCCCCACCAACGGUGCAGAGAUUGGCGGCGCCUUUGGAGGAGAAAAAGAAACUGGCGGUGGUCGUGAGAGUGGAAGUGAUAGCUGGAAGCAAUACUGUAGACGUGGUACAUGUACCAUCAACUACUCGGGCACUCUUCCCUUGGCACAAGGCAUUAACUUUGGAUAA